AUGCAAGAAAGAAAGCCCAGCACAUUUCAAGCCUCUGCUUGCAUCACAUCUGCUGCUAUCCCAGGAGACAAAAUGACAAGUAUUACAAGUCGCCUUAUUCCAAGUCCAGAAAUUCCUCAGCCAGAUUCUUAUUUUAUACACAGUCCUGAAGUGACAGGAAACAUACCAACUCAAUCCCUCUUAGUGUAUAUGGAUGGACCGGAAGUUAUUGGCAAUUCUCUUGGCAGCCAGAUGGAGCUAGAUGAUGCCAUGCCAGUAAAAGGGACCACCACUGUUCCUUUCAGAGCCACGCAAGAGAAGAGCAUCAUCCAAAUCGAAGGCUACACGCCCUUGGACUGCAUGUUCUGCAGUCAGACCUUCACCCACUCUGAAGACCUCAAUAAGCACGUGCUGCUGCAGCACCGGCCCAUCCUCUGUGAGCCCGCAGUUCUGCGUGUGGAAGCAGAGUAUCUCAGCCCUCUAGAUAAAGGCCAAGUGCGAACAGAACCCCCCAAGGACAAGAGUGGCAAAGGGAAUGAAGACCUGAGCUGUGAAGUGUGUGGGCAGACGUUCAGAGUUGCGUUUGACGUGGAGAUCCACAUGAAGAAACACAAGGACUCUUUCACCUAUGGGUGUCACGUGUGUGGACGGAGGUUCAAGGAGCCCUGGUUUCUGAAGAGCCACAUGCGAACACACAACCGCAAGUCGGGGGCCAAGAGCAAGCUGCAGCAGGGCUUGGAAAGUCCGGUCACCAUCAACGAGGUUGUCCAGGAGCAGGCUGCGGAGAGCAUCUCCUCUCCUUUCAAGAUGUGCAUGGUUUGUGGCUUCCUAUUUCCAAAUAUAGAAGGUCUCACUGAUCACAGGAAGAUGCACACCAAAGACACGGCUGACGGUGACAGCAGUCCCCAGGCAGACUCUCAGCAGACGGGGAUGCCAGUCCCUAGAGACGAGUUCCUGCAGUUCUUAAACCUCAGGCCCAAAGCUCAGCCUGAAACCGUGAAGCAGCCCACCAGAUGGAUACCUCAGCUCGACCCAUUCACCACCUGCCAGGCCUGGCAGCUGGCCGAGAAGCCUAGACAUGCCAACGGUGAAGUGCCUUCUGGGGACGCGGACCCCAAGUUUUCCAGUAAGAGUGAGCAGUCCACGCAUUGCUCUGAGUGUGGCAAGGGGUUCAGAACUUACCACCAGCUGGUCCUGCACUCAAGAGUCCACAAGAAGGACCGGAGGACAGAUGCUGAGUCGCCCCCCAUGUGUGUGGAUGGCCGGCAGCUGAGGACAUGCUCUCCAGACCUAGCGGGCACCCUGGGUGAAAACAGAGCCACAGAUCGAGAAGGAGGCUCUGAAGAUGGAUCCGCGGACGGACUUCCCGAAGGCCUCCAUCUGGAUCAAAAUGAUGAUGGAGGCAAAAUAAAGCAUCUGACAUCCUCAAGAGAAUGUAGUUACUGUGGAAAGCUUUCCCGUUCAAAUUACUACCUCAAUAUUCAUCUCAGAACGCAUACAAGUGAAAAACCAUACAAAUGUGAGUUUUGUGACUAUGCUGCAGCCCAGAAGGCCUCUCUACGGUAUCACUUGGAGAGACACCACAAAGAUAAGCAGGUCGAUGUGGCCGCUGAGGUCAAGAGCAAAGGGAAAAACCAGGAAGCGGAAGAUGUACUACUCAUCGCCGACAGUGCGCAAACCAGCAAUUUGAAAAGAUUUUCCGAUGGUGCCAAAGAUGUGAAAGGCAGCCCACCUGCCAAGCAACCUAGGAGGAUGGCCCCUGGCCUUCAGAAUGUUCUGGGCAGCACUGUCCUCUCGCCAGUACACAAAGAUACUCCGGAUUUCAAUAAAAAUGCAACUGAAGGUAGUGCUGAUCAGCUAGGCAGACACCCUGCCCCUGCUUAUUUGGACGUGUUAAAGCAGAGACCGGCGCCCGAAGCUCAGGCCAUCAACCUGGCUCGCAGAGAAGUGGCUGCUCCGCCUCAUCCUCACCCAGACGCCACUGCCGCCCACAAGGCCGAGGUUGGCCUCAAAGAGAAGGCAGAGGUGGCAGCAGACAGCAGAGUGAAGCCCAGCAUGGACUGUCAAGAGGAGCCUUUAAAUUUAACCCUCGGGGCCCUUCACAGUUGCCCCGCAAUUUCUUUGAGCAAGAGUUUAAUCCCAAGUCUCACCUGCCCAUUUUGUACUUUCAAGACCUUUUAUCCAGAAGUUUUAAUGAUGCAUCAGAGACUGGAGCAUAAAUACAAUCCCGAUGGUCACAAAAACUGCAGAAACAAGGCUUGGCUUGGAAACAGAUGCACUGGCUGCCCACCAGCUCUAGUGGGAGAAGACGUGCCUUCCUUGUCCAGUUUCCCCAAGCCCAAGCCCAGGCCCAAGCCCGCCUUCCCAGCCCAGUCCAAGACCCUGCCGUCCGAGAAGGGGAAGCCGGGCCCCGCAGGGCCAGGCAAGGCCCCUCUGGCCUCAGGGACUGACUCUAGCACUUUAGCCCCCAGUAACCUGAAGUCGCACAGGCCACAGCCCAGCAUUGGGGUGCAGGGGGCUUCAGCCGCCAGGCAGCAGCCCUCGGAGAUGUUUUCUAAAAGCGGAGUUUCUCCUCCGGGAAGAGACUCCUUCUGUGGCCGCAGCGCAGGUGUUGCCAGCCCGGAGCUCGGAGAGCCGCUUCCCAAGCGGCCCAAAGCCGAGCCCGUGGUCCUGGAUGCGGAGCAGCCGGGGCCCCACGACCGAAGGGUCCUGGACCUGCCCAAGUACCCAGUGGGCCCCGGAUCCACAACGCUGCUGCCCCAGGAGUACGCGUUCCCGCCGCCGAAGGUGCUGCCCUCCGAGCCGCGGUUCCUGGCAUCAGGCGAGAUGGACUCCGCCAAUGUGCUGACCUUACACUAG